AUGGCACCCAAGGCAGCGACGCCCGUCAUGUCGAUGGAUGAACUCGAUGAGGACAUCAGGUCGAUGAAAGGUGAAGGUCUCAAGCAUGAGCUGAAGCAGCUCAAGAACAGAGGCAUCAAGACCAGAGUGACCGGUAGUGUUGGGGAUCUUAAGCGACUGCUGCACAACGCGAGGCGUGAUCCUUUAGCUGCAAGCGACAAGGCUGCUGCCACAUCAAUUGGGAGCCCUUCUGUAGCUGGAGGAGCAUCGGUUUCUGCAGCUGCGAUACCUGGCGCAGCAGGCUCAGAAGCCGCAAGCAUCACCGCCUCCAGAUUUGGUAAGGCCGAAGAGAUCCUGCUUGUGUACGAAGACGUACAUCCCAUCACAAAGAAUUGCCUGGAGAAGCUCGGGGAGGUAAAGCAAGUCAUUACCACCAGCAUCAAUGACGACGAAGAUGCCUCUUCGCGCCUGACCUUACUCCUCCAACCUGUCGCGCAGCUCAUCGACGCUGUGGUCAAUGCAAGGGAAGACAUCACAGAAGACAUGAGCGUGUCGCCAGCCAUCAAUUUCGGAACACUGGCCAGACUCGUUCGAGAUGCGAUGCCAGGGCCCAUCCAUGUACACAGCGAGCUUAUGUCGAUAUUUGCUACGUUCGGUGUCGACUGUGUGCAGUUGCCGGGCGGGGACUCACAGCCAGCAGGACCUUCGCAAGAAGAGCAAGAAGAGCAAGAAGAGCAAGAAGAGCAACAGGCGACAGCGAGGCAAGAAUCGACCCUAGAUGCCAUUCAGCGCGAUAUGCAGAGGAGGUACCGGCAAGACUUAGCGAACUCAUCUCAACCAAGUGAGAACCAAAACUCCGACAAAGACCGUACGCCACCGACCACAUCUGCUCCGCCUGUCGACCCGGGAAUCGGCCUCCAGCUGAAGAGAGAGGUUGGCCAUAUCCAACAAGGCCUGCGCCUCGCGCUGCGUGCGUGGUCAUCGAAUUUCCCAAAGCCAGCAAACAGAGCCUUUCCGCUCGAUUUCGACAACACAGAGAGGACCAAGGUUCGAGCAUUCCUCCGCAAAUACUUGCGAGAUGAGGAGAACGGCAUCGACCUAGACCUCAAAAAGCAACCGACCGAUGAGGUUGCACGAAUUGUCGACGACAUCCUGGCCAUGGACGACUUUCCGGUCGAUGAUGCAAAGAACAAGACCAUAGUCGAGGCCGACGUUCUCUUUCAGUGUAGCAACAUCUAUGCAGACCGAAGGAAAGCCAAAGCUAAGAAAGAUGCGAAGGCUACGGGCGGUGAUGCUGGCGAGGGCGAAGAAGCCGGCGGGGUUGGCGAGCAGCCUGGUCCAGCGACUGGUGCCAGCGAGGUUGGUGAAAACGAGUCGGAAGGCAAAGGGAAGGGGAAGAAGCGUGCUUGCGAAGCAGAAGGCGAAGACGAUGGAGAUGAGGCGGAGGACGAGAGCAUACCAAAGAGCAACGGCGGACGGAAGAAACGGCCGAAGCACACUGGUGCACCGCCAGAGUCACCAGCACCCCUGGGUUAUGGCGAAGGUGGGCUCGAGUGCAUGGCAUGCUUUCUGUCCGGCAAGGACUGCUCCUUCAAGCAGCGCGACAAAGGUGCUGGAGAUUGUACCCAAUGCUACGACAAAGACGUCUUCUGCCGCAUUCUCUGUGAGGCGUGCAAGGAUGUGGUCAAUGAAUUCGGACGUGGGUACGGCGACGCCAGCAUGCUGGGUGAAACAUGGGGAUACUGCGUCGAUCGUGGGUGA